UCGCACUAUGAAUAUUGGAUAUUGGACUACAUACACACCUUCAUUUGGGAUUUACGUUACGCAAAAUUUCUCGUAGGUUGUUGUGACAAGUCGUGACUUUCAAUUUAGUCUCCAUCGACGUAAAGAAUGAGUUAUACACCAGUCAAUAUAUUCGGCAGAGUUUGGGAUUCGCUUUCAGCUGUCCAUCUACAAGUCUUGGUGGUUUUUGUAUGUCUAGUUUAUCUUCUGCCUGUGGUUAAGAUUUUCCUCGCCUAUACUAUUGGAAAAAUUUUUUUCUCAAAAAGGAAGUAUCUGAAACAUGCAGGUGAAUGGGCUAUUGUGACUGGUGCCACAGAUGGAAUAGGUAAAGCCUACGCAGAAGAAUUAGCUAAAGAUGGUUUGAACAUUAUGCUAAUAAGUAGGAGUUUGGAGAAGCUGAAAAAUGUCGCCACAGAAAUUGAAUCAUCCUAUCAUGUAAAGACACGUGUUGUUGUUGCGGAUUAUACACAAAAUAAUAUAUACGAGUCAAUUGAAAAGGAAAUCAAUGAUCUUUCAUCUAUUGCCUGUUUAGUGAACAAUGUUGGCAUGAGUUAUUCACAUUUUGACAGUUAUACAUGCGCAAAAUUUAUCAAUUGCAAUUUUAUUCAAAAUAUGAUAGCAUGUAAUGCGCAAUCAGUAGCCAUAAUGACUUAUCUAGUCUUACCAAAGUUACUGAAACAAGGCAGAAAUGGUUCAGCUAUUAUUAAUAUCGGUUCAUUUUUAGGCUGUUUACCAUCACCUUACAUUACAUUGUACGGUGCAACAAAAGCGUUUGUUCAUCAUUUUUCAAGAUCAAUUAUGGCUGAACUGAAUCUUCCCCUUUAUAAUGAAGUGAUCAUUCAAACAGUCUAUCCACUGUUCGUGGCGACAGCUAUGUCAGGUGCCAAAAAACCGUCAUUAUUUAUACCAUCAGCUCGUAGCUAUGCCAAAAGUGCAUUAGAUAUGUUAGGUGUUGAAGAGUUUACAACGGGUUAUUUUGCUCAUGCAAUACAAGGUUAUUUAAUCAGUUCACUGCCUUUAUCAUGGGUACAUAACAAGUAUAAAAAGAUUGCUGAUAAGGCACGUAGAAAAUAUCAAUAGGAAAGGAGACGACUUCUAUUUUGGAUCGUAUACCGGAUUUAUUCUGUUAUCUAACAAUAUGAUCUUUCUCGAUAUUUAUGUAUGUUUCAUUUAUUGUGAUAUUGUAAUUAAAACAAUAAAUAUUGAUUUCUAAUGAUC